CCUCAUACUACGUUAAAUGUCAAUAACGCAGUAAUUUUUAUUUUGUAAUUCAGUGAUGCAGGUUUUGAAAUCUAGCAUAACAAUCAUUACCACUUGUCUAUCAGAUGUAAAUGUUUUAAAAGUAGUAAGUCAUUCAAUCAGUCAGCCAGUAAGUGAACAAUUUAUGUAGUAAAGGUGACACUAAAUUAUAGCAAAAAGGUAAUAAAUAGGUGAACGAUACUGCUGCUGUUGGAUUAUGGAAUGAAGGAUAUUACUUCAUAGGUUUCCGUAAGAAGUACUAAUUUUUAUCCUAGUGACAAAUGUGGCUGGUAGUUCUUCAAUGGUAUUCCUGCAGAAUAUGGAUGCCCUUACUAUUUUAAUAUUUUUUGUAGGAAUCUGAUGCUGUGGCUGAAUUAAGUGCACUUUUUUCCAGACAAAAGUAUAGACACUAUCCGAGCAAUCUUGGCAGACAGUGGAGGAGAUAAAAGUGUGGCUGCAUCAAGGCUUAUCCAGUGGUCUGCUGGGACAUGUAAGCUACCUAUACAAGUUUAUUACUUAAAUGUGAAUAAUGGUAGAUCUCUGAACUUUACCUGUCUGUGAUGUUAUUACAACAAAGCAGAGGUCCUUGGUAUUGUGUAGUGGUAAGGUUGCGUGCAUUUUUUUGCUCCAACAUAAUUAUUUUUCUGAUUACCAUGGAACCCUUCAUUGGAGACAGUUAUACUUAUCUGUUCUUUCAUUUGGUUUUGAAAUUGUUAUUUCAUUUCAUUUGAAAUAAGAGCCCUUCAUUCGAUUUAGAGGUGCAUACUUAUAACAUGACCUAAGCUUUACAGAGUCUCAUAACAGAUAAUUUACUGAACUCCCCUUUUUUGCAAUUUCUUCUGCAAGGUGCCCUAAUGAACAGUGGGGACUCAGGUAAUGAAUACUGUACAGAAGAAGACAGUGACCUCAUGCAAUCACCAUUUGAAGCACAUGUAUCCUCAAGUACUGUCAGUACCUGUACUGACCCUGUUGCACAGUACAAACAAGAAACUCUGGAUGAAAAUGGCCCACCACUGAGAAUCUAUGUAAAUCGGAUGACGGAGGAGUUCACUGCAGAUGUUUUAUCCAUUUAUAAGAAAGCCAACCCAUGUUUUCGCUCAAACCUUCGAGUGCAAUUUGAAAAUGAAAGAGCAGUUGGCGAGGGACCUGUCAGAGAGUUCUUUAGCAUAUUAAUGGGAUUUGUUCAAAAUGGUCUUUACGUGGAUGAUCCUGGGCGGCUGACUAUGUUAUUUGAGGGCCAGACUGACCACAAAAUUCCAGUCCCAAAUGCGUUACUGUGUAAUUCUGGACUGUACACUAGUGUUGGACGGAUGAUUGCACAUUCUUUCUUGCAUGGAGGACCACCACUUUAUGGACUUUCCCCAGCAGUGCUUGAAUUUUGGACUCGUGAAAGCAUCAGUGAAGCUGUUACCAUGGAGGACAUCCCAGAUUAUGACCUUCGACAAGCCUUGAAGCAGGUACUCGCAUUGAUGAUCUUGUUUUGUACAGACAUUACUUACGUAUUUCUGUGUAAUGUUUCAGCAACAUGUUAGUGUUACUAACAAUAUUUAUUCUGGUUAAUUUUUGUUUGAUAUGGCACUUGUACUGUCCUGUUUAUAUUUGAAAAAAGGCACAAGUGUGUUCCAAAUAGGUGUAUACAUCUAUAAUGACACUAUAAGUUUAUAAUUUGUCGUAAGAAGCAUUUCAUUGUUCAGUCACAACACCAUAGCAAUUUAACGGUUUUGCAGUUAUCAAGUCUUGAUAAGGAUGAAGAACCCUCAGAUGCACUUAAAGAAUUCCUCUUGCCUUAUCGUGAUGAAGCGUCAGUACUUCAAGUGCCGCUAAGGGAGAGAAACGGCACUUGGUUCUCCAGCAGAUAAUGCUGCACAAUGUGAUCGAAAAGCGCCACCGUGAACUGAAAGAUCUUGCUGCAGGAAUGAAUGAGCUUUCCCUUGUCAAUUACCUAAAGGCACACAAGGAAAUGGCCGCAGCCGUGUUUCCCAGGGAAUGCGAGUCAGUAAUUGACAAAGAAGAACUCAAGGGUAGGAUUUCCAUCGAGGAUGAAAACAACCCCCAAGGGCAAGUUAUCAUGGGAUUCUUGCAUCGCUUCAUCGAUGAAGUUAGCAGAGAAGCAGAAGGUAAGUGAUUACCUCAGCUAUGUCUACUAUACGUUUUCUAUUCUUCUUCCAGUACCUCUUCUUUCCCCAGUGAAUUUAAGCCAUUUAUCCUUGAGCAUUUCAUUCCUCAAACACUGUAUGGGGAUAGAUAAUUCCACUAGCAGGAUUUUCAUUGCUCGAUGUAAUUUCAGUUGUAGGGUAACAGUGAUUAGCCACCUCGUGUCUUUACUGCUAAAGAAAAGUAAACAUUCCGAGCAUGUAAAAGUGAAAGCAUUGAAAAGUUAUAUUUGCCAUUACGAAUAUUGUUGCCUAGGAGGAAUUUCAUGUUCAGAUGCUUUAUAGUGAUGCCUUUGUUAUGUUUUCUCAUUGCAGCUGGUUCUGGUCUGCGUGAUCUACUGUCGUUUUGGACAGGAUGGGAGGUUUUGCCACCAUAUGGACAGCAACUUUGGCUACAGCUGGAUGACACACGGGAAGUAACAAGCCUGCCUGAAAGUAAAGCUUGUUUUCACAGGCUUGUUCUUCAGUCAUCGCAUACUGACUACGUCUCUUUCAAGAGUAACCUUGCUAAAGCAUUAAAAUAUGGUGCAAGGGGCUAUUCAUCUCUUUAA